GUAAUCAAAAUAUCCGCGCAGUUUGUUUAUGAUAAUAGUCUAUAUAUUAAAGCCAUUCUAUCAACAAUAUACCUCAAUCUAGUCAAAAUUGUUCACAGUGGUCAAUUAAAUUAAAUUAAAUUAAAUCAAUUACUCUUUCUAUUGGAUCAUAAAAGUGAUUAACGAAAUAAUAAGAAUAAGUGAUAUACCUCUUUUAAAUAAUUACUGAGAAGAUUAUAAUUCUGAUUUCUUUUAAAUAAUAAAUUCAAUGAGUAAAAACGUGAGGAAUUAUCAGCGCUGUUUGUGUAUCAGAAAUGUACACUCAAGUAGUUCCAAUACUGUGGACCCUCCUAAAAUGCAAUCAACAAAGUAUUUGACUGUACCCCAGUGGAAAAUGCUAAAUCAAUUUAGAGAAUACUUACUGAAACUUUCUUCUGACAAGUCUCUUCAGAACUCAGUAAGGAAAGACUUUGCACAAUUUCUUCAAAAAAUCCAACCAUCAGUUUACGGUAGCAAUUUGGUAAGACAUGUUGACACAUCAGCUGCAGCAACCAAUGAAACACAAGAAAAGAAAGGGGAAAACAAGGGGAUAAUUGCUUUUCCAAAUGUUCUUAAUGGUCUAAUAAACAAAAAACCUGCUACUGAAGUUGAGCGUCCAAAAGAAAUUUUACCAAAGUGGAAAACUACCACAAAGACAGUAUCAAAAACUGCUAUCAUGUCUAGAACUAGGCAUAUUAUAUAUUCCAUAGCAAAUGCUGAAACUGAAAAAUCAAAACUUAAACGAAUUGAUGAUCUUUCAGAUCAUAUAAAAAUGUAUCCUGAAGCAAAAAAUCAUGCUGUAAAAGAAGGUGCUGUUAGAUUAUUAAUUAGAAUACAGGAAGAGACGCAAAACUUUGAUAUAAGGAGUUCAAUUCGAGAAGCCUUUGCUUUAUUAGGAUAUUGUGAACCCUUGCCUGGAAGAGGAAUCAGAAUACUUUCCAUUGAUGGUGGGGGUAUAAGGGGACUGUUGGUGUUAGAAAUGCUUAAAAAAUUGGAAGAGUUGACUGGGAAACGUAUUCAUGAAUUGUUUGACUUUAUGUGUGGAGUUAGUACAGGGGCUAUAGUUGCCUUUUCAUUAGGUAUACACCUUAGGGACUUAGACACAAUAGCAAAACAUUAUAAGGAACUAAGUCUUAAAGUAUUCACGCAAUCCACACUUCGAGGGACUAGCAACUUAGUUUGGAGUCAUGCCUAUUAUGAUACAGCCUUAUGGGAAACUUUGCUUAAAGAAUAUUUAGGGGAAGCCCCUUUGAUUUCAACUGCCAGGAUUUUAGAAUGUCCAAAAUUAGCAGCCAUUUCUGCAGUUGUAAAUCACUCGAAAGUAUCAGCAUACAUAUUUAGGAAUUAUUCGUUUCCAUGGCGGGUACAAUCAAACUAUAUGGGGGGUUUUCAUCAUAAAGUAUGGGAAGCAGUAAGAGCAUCUGCUGCCGCACCAACUUAUUUUGAGGAAUUUAGACUAGGUCAUUUGCUACAUCAGGAUGGUGGAAUUUUAGUAAACAAUCCAACAGCUGUAGCUAUACAUGAAGCUAAGCAGUUAUGGCCAAACACUCCUAUACAAUGCGUAGUAUCCUUUGGGACAGGAAGGACAAUUCCUGUACAUCCUGAAGCACUUCCUGAAGACGACGCUAAAAAUUCGUCCUGGACAAAUAAGUUUAUGAAAAUUUUAGAUAGUGCAACGGACACCGAAGGAGUUCAUACGAUGUUAAACGACCUCUUGUCAGGGGAUGUAUAUUAUCGUUUUAAUCCUUACCUCACAGAAAUGUUAAGCAUGGUCGAAACUGAUCCACACAAAAUUGAGCAACUCGAAAUGGACGCACUAAUGUAUUUAAGGCGAAAUGAAGACAAAUUUCAGAGUGCUGCUAAGGCUCUAACAGACCCAAAGCCUGUUGCUCAAAAGGCGGUCGAUUGGUUAAGUCGAAAGAAAAAUUUAAUUGGUUUUUCAACCAAAUAUGUAUGAAACGAAAAUCGAAAUACCCAUUUCGAAAAUUAAAGAAUAAACUCAAAUAGUUGUACGUAUUUAAUCCAAAUUUUUAUUUAUAACUGCUUUAAGAUCUGUUUGUUCCCUCGAGUUUAAUUUUUUGUUUUUAAUUAUCAAGUUGAUAUUCAGGCUGAUGAAAUAUAUAUAAAAAAACGCUCAGGUCUUUUACCGUUUUAUAAUUACUUAUUUGAGUGAUAGAAAUAGUGACUGUGAUUAUGUCUUUUUUAUUAGAUUUUACUUAAAUGUCUUUUUUGUUAUUUUUUUAUAUUUCUAACUAGUCUGUAUAUAUGAUCGCAAUCGCACCGAGUAAAUUAUUAAUUUUUUAUCCGACACAAAGAAUCAUAAUACACGUAGAUGAUUAGUUCAUUUUUUAUAUGCUAGAUAUAAGAAAUACUUCUGUGUUACCUAAAAUAUAAAGUAUAAAUAAUACCUUUUAAAUAUA